GACGUUGGAGCAGCCUGGAUGGAGCGCUGCACUGACUGGAGGGAGAACCCUAGUGUCUGGAGAACUUGAUGGAGAACCCUAGUGUCUGGAGAACCCUACAGUGACCGGUUCCUCGGCGUGCGGUUCUACCGCCAUGGAGUUUAGGAAAGUCUGGUCCAGGUACCGGAGGACGGUGCUGGUCCCCAUGAUGAUGGUCAAACUGGGCCUCCUGUGCGCCGCCUCAGCAGACGCCUGCUCGUCGUCUCCCUGCAGCAACAACGCUACCUGUGUGGACCACCUGAGCGACUACGCCUGCCUCUGCCCCAGAGGACCCGUCUGGUACGCGGGCAAGAACUGCGACCAGCUGUACGACGCCUGCAUCACGGCGCCGUGCGCCAACUGCACCGGCGAGCCGGGGACGGACCGGUUCAGCUGCCGCUGCCCGGACGGCCUCACGGGGCUCAACUGCACCGAGGACGUCGACCGGUGCCAGAGCGCCCCAUGUGAGGGGGUCCGCUCCAACUGCGUCAACGCCGUCCACGGAUACUCCUGCCGCUGCCCCCCGGGGCUGGGGGGGGCCGACUGUCAGAGGAACGUCACCACCUGUUCGGAGCUGGCAUGCCAGAACGCCGCCACCUGCGUGGACGUCCCCGACCUGGGGCCGCGGUGCCGGUGUGCCGCCGGGUUCCAGGGCAGGAGCUGCGAGGAGGACGUGGACGAGUGCCGCUCGCAGCCCUGUCAGAACGGAGCCAUCUGUCAAGACGGGCUGGACGCCUACCAGUGCUUCUGCGUGCCGGGGUUCCAAGGCUCCCACUGCGACCUGGACAUCAACGAGUGCGCCUCCAGACCCUGUCAGCACAACGGCACCUGUCUGGAUGAGGUGGACCACUACCGGUGUGACUGCGCUGCAGGCUUCAAAGGGGUUAAUUGCGAGGUGGAGAUCGACGAGUGCAAGGCGCGUCCCUGCCAGAACGGCGGCGCCUGCCGAGACCACGUCGCCGCGUACACCUGCGAGUGCCUGGCCGGCUUCCAGGGCCAGGACUGCCAGGUCAACGUCGACGAAUGUGCCAGCGGCCCCUGUUUGAAUGAAGGCCGGUGCAGAGACGGGGUCAACAGCUACCAGUGUGACUGCGAGGCCACCGGCUUCGUGGGCGACCACUGUGAGGAGGAUAUCCCUGAAUGUGCCUCCGACCCCUGCCAGCAUGGAGCCACCUGCCUGGAGGGGAUCAACCGGUACCAGUGCCUCUGCUGGCCAGGUUACGAGGGAGAGAACUGCCAGCUGGACGUGGAUGAGUGUGGCCCGCGGCCCUGUGACCACGGCGGUCAGUGCUUCCAGCGCUCGGACGUCCUGAACUACGGGACGCUGCCCGAACUCCGGGGAGACAUCUUCAGCUACGAAGAGGCCGCCGGCUUCAUCUGCCGCUGUCUGCCAGGAUUCACCGGAGACAGCUGCUCCGUCAACGUGGACGAGUGUGCGUCUGCUCCGUGUCAGCACGGCGGCAGCUGUGAGGACCGGGUCAGCUCUUAUCGGUGUGUGUGUCCAGGCGGCUUCACAGGCGUUCACUGCGAGGCGGACGUGAACGAGUGCGACAGCAAUCCCUGCAAUCAAGGCGCCACGUGCGAGGACGCUACCAACUCCUACAGGUGCCACUGCCCCGAGCCGGAGCCGGGCCGGGAGCCCUGGGGCGGGCCGGACUGCGACGUCCGCCUGGCGGGCUGCCGGCAGCACCGGUGUCGACUUGGCGCCGGUUGCGUCCCCGUGCUGACGGGCGACGGCGAGCACGGUUACACCUGCCUGUGUCCUCCGGGCUGGACCGGCAACCGCUGCAACACCUCCACCACCUUCUCCUUCAACUCCGAGGGCUACGUCCACAUGCGGCUGCCCCUAUCCGAGAACGGGACGCGACGGGAAACCGAGGUCCAGGACCGCGACGGGCUCCACAUGCAGCUCCGGUUCCGGAGCACUCUGGACCACAUGGUUCUGUACUACCGGGGCACCGCGGAGCACUUCGUCUCCCUGGAACUGGUCGGAGGCUCCCUUCAUGCCAGGGUGAAGUCAGGGAAGGUCCUGCAGGUCACUUACCCCGCCCUAGUCAACGACGGUGAAUGGUACCAGGCCACGGUGACCAUGGAUGUGAGGCUGGUUCUGGUGGUAAAAGGACCCGGCUGUGAGGAAUACUGCUCUGUGAGGGACGAGGGCAACAACCAUCUGGUCUUCCUCCAGCCCGGCUCCUUUCAACAGCUGUAUGUCGGAGGGGCACCGCGGGAGUAUUUACCCCAGACGUCCAGCGGAAGGGGGUUCGUCGGCUGCAUGGAGGACCUUCGAGUGGACCACAAGCCGCUGCUCCCGCAGGACCUCAUCCGGGAGGAUCACCAGGGCCUGCAAGUAGGCUGCAGUAAACAGGAUUGGUGUGUAGACGACCCGUGUGGGCAGCGCGGCCGGUGCGUGGACCUGUGGGUUCGUCCCGGCUGUCAGUGUCACCGGCCCUACCACGGAGAGCGCUGUGAGGAAGAGUACCCGUCCUGGACCUUCGGUCACGAGAACACCACCAGCUACGUCGGCUUCAACAUCACCGAGAGUCACGGGGACAACUUCACCCUCUCCUUCUUACUGCGCUCCCUCAAACACAGCGGCCUGCUCCUGCAGCUGCGCCGCGAGGGGAAGGCCUACCUGACGGUGUACCUGAAGGAGGGCACCGUGGCCGUCUACAGCCCUCACACCACCCUGCUGUUGGAGGCGCAGUCGGUCACCGACGGCAACAACAACCUGGUGGCUAUAAAGGUGCGGUACGGCCACGUGGUCUUCCCCAAAGCGGGGAACCAUCGCGCGUUGGGCAACGUGAGCGUGGAGGCGGGGGAUGUGGCCUACGUGGGGGGGCUGCCUGCAGGCGAGAGGACCGACGCCUGGGGGGGAAACGUCAAGGGCUGCCUGCAGGACAUCCGGCUGGACCACCGGCACCUGACCACGGAGGACCAUCUGGAAGGGGGGGAGGUGUACCAGGCCGGCACCGAGGAGAACGUGCUGCGUGGAUGCCAGAGUGAUGACACGUGCAAGGGUCAGCCCUGUUCCAACGGCGGACGGUGUCGGGUUACCUGGAACGACUUCCAGUGCGACUGCUCCAGGAAAUACUCUGGCCGGCUGUGUGAGACCCGUCUGUGGUGCGUGGCCAGCCCGUGUCCUGAAGGCGUGCGCUGCGUGGACCUGCAGGACGGCUACGAGUGUCUAACUGAAGCCAUCUUCCAGGACAACGCUCUCCGGUACGUGGCCAACGGCUCGCUGCUGAGCCCGGUCACCAGCGUCACGCUGGACAUCCGGACUCGAGACCGGGACGGGGUCUUGCUGCGCGCCGUCGGCCGAGCCGAGUUCUUCUACCUCGGCCUGCUCAACUCCUCCCUGCUGGUCAAGCUGGACAGCGGGGCGAGCGGCGAGCCGCUGGCCUUCACCAGCGACCGAGCCGUCGCAGACGGAGCCUGGCACCGCGUCCGGCUGGCCAUGGCGGAUCCCACGCGGCCGGCGUCCCGCUGGCGCCUCGCCAUCGACGGGCAGAGCGUCGGCGGCAGCUUCGGCGUCGGAGGAAACCUGAACUUCCUCAACGACACCCAAAUCCAUCUGGCGGAGAAAUACACUGGAUGCAUAGGGGAGGUGAGGGUGGGCGGAGUCUACCUGCCACUCACACAUGUCCCAGAAGCCCCUCAGACGAGCCAGUUCUCCAGGCUGGGGGGCCACGAGCCAAUCAUAGGCUGCCAAGGAGCGCCGAUGUGCGAUGCCCAGCCCUGCCUCAACCGGGGGGCGUGCCAGGACCAGUUCAACCAGUUUAACUGCAGCUGCGCUGCCGGAUGGGAGGGGGCACUGUGUGAGAUGGAGGUGGACGAGUGUUCUUCAGGGCCCUGCGUCUACGGCACAUGUAGAGACCUUCUGGCAGACUACCAGUGUGACUGCCAGCCCGGAUACGCGGGGAGAGACUGCGAGGAGCAGCUGGACGACUGUGUGGAGUUCCCCUGUGAGAACGGAGGCGGCUGUGUGGAGGCGCUGGAGGCCCACAGCUGCUCAUGCCCCACCGGCUACGUCGGCACACGCUGCCAGUGGCGUUUCCCUCCGGUGGCGUGCGAUGCGCAGACAGAGUGUCGUCAUGGAGGCGUCUGCAUCGGUGGAGACUCUGGAGGCAACUGCACCUGCAAGCUGGGAUACACCGGUGCCAGGUGUGAGACAGAAAUAGACGAGUGUGCGUCCGGCCCUUGUCUCCACGGGGCCACCUGUCUGGACCGACUCAACCACUUCCAGUGUGUGUGUGUGCCGGGUUUCAGCGGGUCAUCGUGUGAGAGCCACAAAGAGGAGCGUAAGGAGGGCAUCCCCUGGCUGGUGGUGACCAUCCCCCUCAUCACCCUGUGUGCGCUGCUGGCCAUCCUGGUGGUGUUCUGCCUGGUCUUGACAGCCCGGAAGAAGCGCCAGUCGGAGGGCACCUACAGCCCCAGCUCUCAGGAGGUGGCCGGGGCCAGGCUGGAGAUGGGCAGCGUCCUCAAGGUGCCCCCCGAGGAGAGGCUGAUCUGAGGCCUGCAGCCCCACUGCCUCGCAUCCCGUGGGUGUGUCGAAAGGGCAGAGAGAAGAUCACACUGAUUGCCUUCCUGACCUACGAAGAAGCCAUGGAGGAUAAGUCGAUGACAGAUCCUCCACCUGGGAGAAGUACUGACCUCCAUGUCCGCCAGAUGGACCGGUGAAGACCAGCGGCUGAGACAGAGCGUCUCUUGACGACUCCGGCUGAAAGGACGCUCUGACCCCGGACGCUCUGACCCUGAACUUCCUCUUGAACAUAAAAGUCUUGAAGACAAUCUCAAGCUUGAGACUUUAAAAAAGCCACGUGCGCUGAAAGCCUGACCCCUGUGGUCGUGAAGGCAUCUCGUCACACAGGCGGAACCUCCCUGACGGAGUUGACCCUGCGGUAGACUAAAGGGCAAGUCAUGGUUCAGCAAAUCAUUCAAGACCUUCCUCUGGCGAUCCGGUUCUGCAUGGCAGGAAAGGCAUGAGCAGAACACGUCUGAAACCAAUUCUGUCCAACUACAGAGUGUAAUUUGAAUAUUAAUUGCAUAAUACUAUCAAGGCGGAUUGUAGGGAGAUCUUUUUAGAGAUACACACUCAUGGAACUCCUGGGUCCCUUGGUAACGCUCGUCCUUCAUGACCUGAUCACCGAUUGGCUGAUCUUGGCUCCUCCUUCCACAGUUCUUCUUUUUUUUAUGGAUGGGAAACAGCAAUUGCAAAAAAUCUACUGAAGAAAGAAGGAAUGCGUUUUUGAUUCAGACCUCACCGUCUCUUCUUGCUGAAUCAGAAUCAUUGGAUCUGGACCAUAUUUUCUGAAGCGCCUAUGAUUUCAGGUGCUUGAUACAUAUAUCUUCUUUCAAUAUGGAUCAGUCUGAGAGGGAAGAGGACAUCGACCUCUGCAGGAGUCAAACACUGUUAUGGUAUUGUCAAUGUGCACUGGACAGGUAACCACUCUGCGGUCGCUUGUCAGGUGGAACAGUAUUUAAAGUAAGAAUCUUAUUGGUACGGUCUCAAGGCUCAAGACCAUUUAAAAAGGUAUUUGCUUGAGAGUGAGCUGAGAAUGUAAAGAGUGUAGGCAGGAGGUGGUUCACCUAGCUUAGCAUACGACUCAGCUGUAUUCUAGCUUUGAGAUAAAGCUUCAUAAAUACUUAUGAGACGGCCCAUCUGGUGGACUGCCUGAAACCAGCAGGUGUAGACUGUUAGCUUAUUUGCACUAGCUAAAUGAAAGUCGGCUCACUUUGAUGAAACUCUAAACGUAGGAACCAAAAACCUAAACACACUAAAUACACAACAUUUGUAUAAAAGGCUUUAACUGUAGAUGUAAUAGUUGAUUUACAGUAUUGUGAACACAUUUAGUGUUUACAUGUACAUUCUGGGUCCAGAUGAUGGUUCAUUGAGUGAACAACACAAACAGGUUUUGGGUUUUCAAAGACGUGUCUCAUGUUUUGGCAAAAAGUGUGUUUUGGGAUUUCAAAUGAAUUUUAAAUCAGAUCACAUCAAUGAAUGAGCUACAUGAGUUAGCUAUUCCAAGAACUGUGCUCCAAUGUCUCAAUGUCUCAAUGUCUCUAAUGUCUCAAUGUCUCUUAUGACUCCAAUGUCUCAAUGUCUCAAUGUCUCUUAUGACUCUAAUGUCUCAAUGUCUCUUAUGACUCUAAUGUCUCUAAUGUCUCUAAUGUCUCUUAUGACUCUAAUGUCUCUUAUGUCUCAUGUCUCUAAUGUCUCUAAUGUCUCAUGUCUCAUGUCUCUAAUGUCUCUAAUGUCUCAAUGUCUCUUAUGACUCUAAUGUCUCAAUGUCUCUUAUGACUCUAAUGUCUCUAAUGUCUCAUGUCUCUAAUGUCUCAUGUCUCUAAUGUCUCUAAUGUCUCAAUGUCUCUUAUGACUCUAAUGUCUCAAUGUCUCUUAUGACUCUAAUGUCUCAUGUCUCUAAUGUCUCAUGUCUCUAAUGUCUCUUAUGACUCUAA